UAUGUUUAUACAGCGUGUCUAUCUUGCAAAAAUGUUAAUGGUUCGAAUUGGUAUAAGUCACUAUGUUGCCAACUCUUUUGCAGUUAUUUGAAAAGGGGAGUCAAUGACCGGGGAAGAGUUGCCAAUGAUGUUGAGACAGAACAGAUUGUCCUUGAUGAAGAAGCUGGUUCUUUCAAGGGAAAAAUGAGUUCAGUUGUGCAAAUGCGUGGCUCUAUUCCACUUUUCUGGUCUCAAGAAGCUUCUAGAUUCAGCCCCAAGCCUGACAUUAUCUUGCAGAGGUAUGAUCCUACAUAUGAGGCAACAAAAUUACAUUUUGAAGACCUUUCUCAGAGAUAUGGCAAUCCAAUUAUUGUGCUUAAUUUGAUUAAGACUGUUGAAAAAAGACCACGAGAGAUGAUGCUGAGGCGUGAAUUUGCUAAUGCUGUGGGGUAUCUGAACCAAAUUUUACCUGAAGAAAAUCAUCUUAGAUUUAUUCAUUGGGACUUUCACAAGUUUGCAAAGAGUAAGUCUGCCAACGUUUUGGCAGUUUUAGGUGGUGUGGCAAGUGAAGCACUUGAUUUAACCAGUUUUUACUUCAGUGGCAAACCCAACAUUGUAAAAAGGACCAAGGGCAACCGACCAAGCAAUGGAAGGGAUACUUCUCUAAAAGAUUUAAGAACGAGUUCAGGAGAUAUUGCAAGGAUCGGAAACAGUAACGAAAUUCCAAAUGCAUUAGUCAAUCAAGACAGCGAGACUGACAAUAACCAACAGAGCCAAAUAGAUGUUUGUGGUGAAGCACCGUGCUUUCAAAGUGGAGUUCUGCGCACCAACUGCAUUGAUUGCUUGGACCGUACAAAUGUGGCACAGUAUGCCUAUGGCCUUCAAGCUCUAGGACGCCAGCUUCAUGCUAUGGGUUUAUCUGAUGUUUCCAAAGUGGACCCUGAUAGUAGUAUUGCUGCAGCUCUUAUGGACAUGUACCAGAGUAUGGGUGAUGCUCUUGCCCAGCAGUAUGGUGGUUCUGCUGCUCAUAAUACUGUUUUCCCAGAGAGGCAGGGAAAGUGGAAAGCAACAACGCAAUCAAGAGAGUUUAUGAAGUCUAUAAAGCGAUAUUAUAGCAAUGCUUACACUGAUGGUGAAAAACAAGAUGCAAUAAACUUGUUUUUAGGUUACUUCCAACCACAAGAAGGGAAACCUGCUCUUUGGGAGCUGGAUUCAGAUUACUAUCUCCAUGUUUCUGGGAUUGGAGAUGACCUGAUCCCUGAUAAGGGUUCUGAACUUAUUACUAAGCCUUCUCGUAGAACUGGAACAACCCUCAUACCUGUCCCAGCUUGUAGAGAAGACUUCUCGCGCAUAAAGUUGACAUCAUUUGACAAGUUAAUUGAAAAGACUAGGAGUGAAAUUCGGAAUGUAAGACUUUUCGGUGAACCUGAUCAGAAACCAGGUGGUUUUGGAAACAGUGGGGUUGCACCUGAUGCAGCUGAGAUACAACUCAAGAGCCCAAAUUGGCUUUUUGGCCAGAGAAAGCAUGAAGGAGGUACCAUGGCCGGGAAAGCUGCUUCUCGUGAAAUUGAUAUUGAAAGAUCUCUAGUUGAGACAAAGGGUAAUGGUUUUUACAACCUAAACUGGCUUUCUUCUGGCAAUGAUUUGAAUGAAGAGGAUGCUUUCCAAAGGUACCCGACAGUGACAUCUAAUGAGGACAAUGGUUGGUACGGAGGCACCCUUCUUGGUGAUCAAAAUGAAAGCAGUGAGUUAUAUAAGCAUUAUGCAGCGUUAUGUCAGGGACUUGAAUUGGAACUAUUUCAUAAUGAUCCUGGGAGUGAGAGACAUUAUGCCGAUGUUUUGAGCCUAAGUUCAUUUGACAUGGUUAAUGACGAUGUCGUUGCUCAAGAAAUGGAAGCAGCUGUCAAGGAAUAUGAGCAAGUUGGAGCUGACCUUGGCAUCAUUCCCUCAUCUUGUAAAUACUUUGCUGAAGAUCCCAGUUGGCUGUCAAGAUGGUUAAUAGGAGAAGAGAAAGUACCGGGGACAUAA